AUGAGUGGAUACGUUCCUGCAGCCGAGCCGCGAUGUGAGCCUGUGGCGGCACCUGCUCCGUCACCGCCUCCGUACAUCGGCUGCUUGGCCAGCGACGCCGAUGCCUGUGGCGUGUGCUACGGCAACAACAUGACGUGUGUCGGAUGCGAUGGCGUGCCCAACUCGGGCGCUGAGCUCGAUAGCUGCGGUGAGUGCCGCGGUGAUGGCUCCAGCUGCGGCGCGAAAACGGCGGGCGCAUCGGCCUCAGGGCUCCCGACUGCUGCGCUGGCCGCCAUCAUCACCACCGCCUCGCUCAUGUGCUGCCUCCUUACUGGAACCUUCCUCUACAUGUUCUCCCGCAUUAUGGUCAGACCGGGACGGACAGGCAUCUUGCCUUCUGGCAGGGACCUUGGCCUGCGGUCCGACCCACACAUGUCGUGGGCCUCGGGAGUCAUGCCGCCAAUCGGCACUGUGGCUAUUUUGGUGGCCGAUAUCGCCAGCGCCGGCCUGCUCUUCGAGCGACUUGCCGAGCCGAUGCGCGAGGCUCUUGCCAUCUACAACAAGCUCUUUGCUGAGCUUGCUGAAGACCAUGACGGAUACAUCUCGUUUGGUGAGGGUGGCUUCAUGAUUACCGCCUUUCAUACUGCUGAAGGCGCCAUCUCCUUUGCCCGCCGCUUUCAGGCUGAACUCAUGGGCCAGGACUGGCCUAUCGAGCUGCUCAACUCGAGCUACACACCCACGAUCGACGGGGUGUACCGUGGCCUUCGGGUCCGCAUGGGUAUCACCAUUGGCAAGCCGUUCCGCAUGGUUCCGUCAGGCAAGACUCGAUACGAAUACGACGGCACACCCGUCUGUGACGCUCGCAUCCUCUGCGCUGCCGCUGCCGGCGGGCAGGUCGUGGCCGAUGCAGCGGUAGCUGCCGCCACAAGCGACGCAGGUCUUCCGUGCCGCCGCCUCGGCACCUACGUGCAGCCUGCAGUUGAGCCGUCAGAGCCUGUCCGCUGCAUGCUUUUCGAAGUCAAGCUGCCCGGCAGUCUGGCUGAGUCGCGCAACUGCGGUGCCAGGCUCCGCGGACUCACCAUGAUCGGCAAGUCAAUCUACACUCCGCGCUCGCCUCUGGCAAGCGGCUCGGGCAUCAUCCGGUCGUCGUCAAGCAUGGCGUUCUCGCACCUUACUCUCGAAGUCACCGAUCCGCUCUUCUCGUCGGGUGGUCAACCGUCCGAGCUCUCGCCGCACUCGCCGCAUUCGCCACUCACCCCUCCGCAGCGGCAGAUCCUGAUGAACCGGUCGCGGACGCCGCGCCCCAGUCGAGUUGCGACUCCGCGCUCGCCUGCCACGCCCAAGCAGCACUCGGCCGAUGACGUCGAGAACAUGACCCCGCGCUCGCUUUCGCGUAGCUUCAGUCAGAUGGCUCAGUAUCGUGCCAAUGCUGCGGCGUCGAUCGGCUCCCUCAUCGCUGACGGCGUUAUCGAUCUCGACGAAAACGCCGAGACCGAUGGCAUUCCCGACUGCGACAGCAGCAUUGCCCCAGGCACUGUGUACUCGUCGAUGGCAGGCAUAUCGGCAUCACGGCGACAGCCGAGUCUGCACUCAUCGGGUAUGCACUCAUCGGCGUCAUCGGUGAGCUCGCGGCUUUCCGAGUCGUCGACCGGGAGCACCGUCGUCGACAACACCCAACCGGCGUCAACGCGAAGCUCGUUGCUCUCAUUUGAGCGCAAGCGCGUCUUAUCCCGGGCCGUCGACGACGCGCCUUGCCCAACUGCCGGCCGGCCGCGAUCAACCUCGAUCUUUUCGUCGUCGUCGUCAGGCGUCGGGCCCGCACUCCGUGCCACAGGACCCCUGCCCCGGCAUGUCGGUGUCGACACGAGUCCGCGCCGCUCCCGCCGCCGCAUCGCCCCGCCAAAGGCGCGAACCCGCCGCCGUUUCUCGCAGGUCUCGGAUGUCUCGCCGUGGCGGCAGACACCAAACGGCAAGCCACCGCGCAACCCUUCGCCGCAAACAUCGGCCGGUCGCAUUCCACGCAUCACCGUUCAGGCCGUGCGCAACAGCAGACGCGGCUCGAGCUCGCAGACGAGGGUGGCAAGCAACCCAGAGCUUGAGAGUCCCAAGAUCACAGUCUAUCAGCCGCCCGGGGCGGUAUCAUCCAGUGACCUAUGGGUCUUCGAUAGCCCCGUCUGA